AGAUACCACGAACCCGCAGACCGUCGAGGACCACUCCCUGAAGGUUAAUGGCGGGUUUAUCGCCAUGGCCGCCGGCCUCUCGGUCAUCGUGCCUCUCAUCUGCGUCCUCAUCAUCCAGCUCAGGAGGUCCAAGCGGGAGGAGCGCGAGAGGGCGAGGGCCGCCCGGGCGGCUGCCGACGCGGAGGCCGGGGAGCAGCCGGCAGACGAUCCUCCCCCGACGUACGAGCAGCUGUUCGGCGCCACCGCCCACCCGGCGUCCGGGGAAGCGGCGCAUUCUCGGGAGGGCAGUUUGGACGUUCUCAUCGAAACAGACCAGCCGGGACCGCACCGGCACGGGCGGGACGCUGCAAGAGACCGAGACUUGCAUUUACAGCUUCCGGCGCCGCCCAGCGGUCAAACCUCCAAUGGGAGCGUAAGCCUCCCGGAGGUGCCCCCCGACGGCGGCUACGUCAAUCAGGGUUUCUCCAGCACUUCCGUUUCAACCAUUUCGGGCUCACAGGUAUUCGACUAUCCGCUUUCGGCGCCAUUUUCUUCCUUGGAUAGAGCGAGAUCGUUGAGCCGAAGCAUGGACACGUUAGUCACUGUUGAUGUUGUUGAUGCGGUUGACCCCGGUCACUCGACCACACCACCCGGCAUAUCCCCGAACUCAUCUUCAUCCUCUGCGGAAUCGACUCGGGAUGCU